AUGCGAGCGGCCACUCCAACCGAGGACUCCGGUAUGGCCGAGUCUACUUUUGAGCUGAUCAGCAGCACCGAUGUCGAAUAUCAUGAUGAGAAUUACACCGAGUCUAUAUCAGAGUCUGUAGGCUCGCUAGACUUUCACCGGCCAGAUGAUGUACAGUCUCUGGCCGGUACUGAACAGACCUUUGACGAUGAAUCAUUGGUAGACGAAGAAGCCGAAACCUCACCACAAUCUGCUGAACAUGAAGUGGGCACUGAAUUAAUCAACGAUGAAGUAGCCUUUGCUCAGCAGGCUUCCGAUGCUUCGGAAUCCGAGGAGGAGGCUCGUUCACGAUGCUCUUUGGACUAUACUCAGCAGAGCCUGAAGACACCUUCCAUCUUGACACCGGAAGCAAGCAAAAUUAUUGAAAGGCCCCCGGAAAAUACAAACAACAAGUUCUACACACCACCUGUACGUUUUCGACAUUGGAUGGAUAUUGCCAGAGAGGGAAUGUUCCGUACUUGGGAGUACGCUACGGAUGCGACAUCUGCGGUUCUCCCUGGCCUUUUAUUUGCGGUUGUAUUCAGCCUUCUAAUUUCAAUGCUGUAUCCUUCAACUGUCGAGUUCAUGAGACCUGCAGAAACUGUCGUCACUUCUACGGUUACUGCAACUGCAACACCUCUUGUAAUCUAUACAAAACAGUCGGCCCCAACUGCUACAGUUGCACAACAGACCACAUCAGCCAAGGGCAUGGGUUUAGUUGCCAUAAAAGACCAAGCAUCUGACGAUUGGCUUUUUGGCUUGAAAAGACCGGAUGUUCAAUUUAGCCCUUUGGGACACGGCGCCGUUAUGGUGCACAUUGCUUCUCAUGUGCAGAAAACAUGGUUGAAGAAGAAGAACUGUGUCUCAAUCACAGCUACCCGCAACAGAGAAGCCGUGGAAAUGGAAUUCUACCCUUCCAAAGAUGGCUUUCUUGUCAAGUUUACAAAAAAGGAAGCCUUUGGCGUGGUCAAACUUCUAGUCGAGGCCACAUGUCGACCUGCUGUAACCAAAGCUGUCAAGGUCCACUUUGGAAAAGGUAUAAUGGAAGAAGCAUAUGAGCGGACGAAGAAUUUGGCUCACGAUAUUUCCGAAUUGGUCCCGAUAGCUGCCCAGGAAGCAGAACGGUGUAUUGUCGGAGCUAAGAAGUCAUUUGGGGCAGUGUCCGAUACUGUAGCCAGUGGGAUGGUGACAGUCUCUGAUACCCUGAUAGAGAGAUUCAAGGCCUCCUCUGUCAGGAUGGAAAGGCUGCUUUCGAAUCUUCCGUCAUCUUCAGUUGAGUACGCUAGAGGGGUGGUCGAUAAAGUUCCACAGACUCUGGAGUCGAUGUAUAAGCAGGCAUCGGAGGCCGUGGAAUCACAUAAUAACAUCAAGCUCGGUAUCCAGGAUGGUAUACUUGACGCCGAAUUGUACUUCCUCAGGACUCGAAUUUCAGCAAAGAUGUGGUGGCUCAAGGUGACCAGACAGACAGCGGAGCACGAUGAGUAUGGAAAGAAGGCCCAAGACUUCAUGGCCAAGAGAAGGCGUUAA